AUGAGUCUGAGUCGAAUCCUGGGUGGCCGGGUUAGGAAAGGCAGCGAAAAGUCUGGAUCCUCGCCCUCCAGGCGAGCGCCCUCUUCAUCUCCACGCAAGAAGUCUGCCAACAACAAUAGUGCGCAUCAAGGUCAGGACGACGACUAUUUUGGCGAUGAGAAACUCGACGACCUAGGCCUUGUCCACGCGCUCGCGACCGAUCUCCACCUGCGUGACACCACACAGGCGAUUCAGUAUUUGCGCGCGCACAUGUUUAGCCCGAUUCCCGCAAAAGGUGCUGGCAUGAAUAGCACACGCAUUGCAGAUACACUGAAUUUUCGAAAACAUCUGCCACCGUUAGUGACGGUAUCACACGUUCAGAUACUACUGUCUUCGCCUAGCGCAGUGGAACGUGAGGUCGCUGAGCUCGUGCGCGCUGGGUUCAUACGGAAGAUCGAGGUCGUCAAACGAGGCGAAAUUGGCGAGACAUUGAUACUCAGCAGUGAUCUUGAGAAGAUGCUGGACGAUGCACAGCAUCUCUCGGAAACGACGCAGGUGCUGUUCAAAGCAUACUUGAAAGAGAAUCCUAUGGCUCGAAAAGUACAACGAGCAGAAUUGCCCUCGUUGGCCGUGAAUGAACUGUUCAGAGCUGGCUUCCUCACAGCUCACCAUACUGAUACCAGCUCGUUGUCACACAUGAUGAAUUUGUACUCGCGACCUGAAGAUAAGGCGAGCCUUGUCUCCAUUGAGAACGUUUCCAAACAAGCUACGGGAUCACUCGGCGCCGUGGGCGGCGUCGGGGCAGUACACAUGGUCGGAGGCAGUGGCGGUGGAGCACGGCUGCCGGCCAAUACCACGGAGAUGCAGCUAGCCGUGCCCGGCAAUGGCACUUUUCUCAAGCUGGUGGCAGCUGCGCUGGAACAUCUAGUCUCGUUGCUGAGCAAGUCUCGUUACCGCGAGGCACCGGAAGACGUCCUUCGGGAAAGAUGGAACGGUGGUGUAGCAAAGGAUGAAGCAGCCUACAUGGCAAAGAAGUCGAGGGGCGAGUUCGCCGGCAUACUCCCUGGUCAAACGCGCAAGUGGAAACAGUUUCGCGGGUUGGCCUUUGAAUGGAUUUUGCAGGAGGCAGUCGGCUCGGGGCUCGUCGAGAUCUUUGAGACGGGUAGUGUCGGUCGCGGCAUCCGUGUCAUCUGA